AUGCCUGCAACAGCCCCAUACAGAACCCGACGCGCUGCGAAAGCUUGCUUGUCUUGCCGGAAAAGGAAGGUCAGGUGCGACUAUGCAACAAAGGGGUCGCCGUGCUCGAAUUGUGAUCAGGAUGGCUUCGAAUGUCUAGCUGUCGACAGGAAGAAGCGACACAAGUCUACUGUAGGGUCUCUGACUGAAGCGAACCCUGCCCACUCAUCUUCCACUCCUGCUCGAACACAUCACAAUGGAAUUGGCACAUCGGCGACUGGCCUCCCGACAGCCAGCGAGGCUGCUGUCGAUUCGCUGUCUGCAACUCCAGAAGGGAUUGAGCAAUCUUCAACGCGGCGGACAUCUUCAUUUUCCAGACACAGGUUGUUGCAUUCGGUUCCCCACUAUGCCUUUUUAAUGCGCCUUUCUCAACCCCAACGUUCAGAUGCAAGGCCUCUCGAGGACAUUGUGCUUCAAUUGGCAUCGGACAAAAACCAAGGGUCGUCUGCGCCGGUCUCGGGCUGCAGUGAGGAUGAACUGCACUAUCUCAAAAACGCUGGUUGCUUCGACAUUCCUCCACCACAGGUCCUUUCGGCGUUGAUUGAUGCCUACUUCACUAUCUUCCACCCGUUCUUUCCUGUUGUCCAAAAGUCGGAAUUCAUGCAAUCCAUGAAGUCCAUCGAAGUCUCGAUGACCACCAGUCCAAGCGCUGCACAUCACGCAAGCCCGGCUCGAAAUCCUUCUAGUCUCGAGUCGGCUCCUUGCAAUUCACCUUACAGUCUCCUGCUCCUCCAAGCUGUGCUUUUCAUAGCAAUCGGAGUUGUGCCCUCCGAGGUCGUCUCGGCGGCGGGAUUUUCAUCCCGCAAACAGGCGCGCCAUGCAUAUUACCUCAAGGCACGCCGACUUUAUGAUCUCGACUAUGAUGAAGACCCGAUUGCCACUAUUCAGGCUCUAUUAUUGAUCAGUCAGUACUACCCCUCUAUCACUGAACGAAAGCACACGUGGCAUUGGAUACACCAAGCUAUCAGCUUGGCUCAAGUCAGUGGGCUGCAUAGGGAUCCUGGCAACGUCCCUCAUCGGGCUCUAUGGGCACGAAUUUGGUGGGCGUGUGUCGUACGAGACCGCUGCAAUGGUCUGGGGACUGGCCGCCCUCUCAUGAUCAACAGCCUGGACUGCACCACGUCGAUGCUGGUGCUUGAUGAUGUCAAAGAAGAAGGUGACUCUGAGCAAGAUCUCGAGGUCAAGGCAAUAUUCAUCGAAUUCGUUAAGCUUUGCCAGAUCGUCGAAGGCAUCGUCACUCUGCGCUAUUCAAGCUCAGUGACAGAUGCGGCACCUCCUGAUCAGCUCAAGGUCUGCGAGGAUGCCCUAGAACGCUGGACGCGGUCUUUGCCGCCUCAGGCGAAACGACAAGACCAUCUCCAAACCGUCUCGGGGAACGUAGGGAUCGCCACUAUGUAUCGUGCUAUUUUGCAUGCAUGCUUGAACACCAUUCGCAUCGCAUUGUACCAGUCACUUACUCUGUGGAACGGAGCUGGGGACUGGACUACUACUUGUCAGCAAAAGGUUGAAUAUGCGGCUUUGGACAACACGCAGCUGUUUACUCAUCUCGUCAACCUUGACCUAGUGAGAUUCUGUCCCACGAUUGCUGUUACGUUUACAUUGGCGCCUCUCAUUGUUCAUGUCCUAGGGAUCAGAUCCUCCAGAUCGGAGGAAAGACGCCAAGUCCAUAAGAACCGAUUUGAGCUUUGCAUGAUAUUCUUGCGCCAGCUGCGCGACAUUUAUUGGCACGCUAUUUUUUACUGCGAAUUCUUCGAGCUGGCCGCAUCGAUCAAAGACCACCAGCUGAGGACGCAGAUGUCAGAGGCUCACGAUCCUCUAGCUUCGUUUCUCACUCAGCGCAUCAGUGUUGGCGAUCUCAUGGUACUUCGCCACUAUCAGAACCUUGGAAACGCCGGGGAAGUGGAUGAUUUGCACCGGACUCCUGCAGCAUCACCAUUCUAUACCCGGGAAUGGCCUCAAAAUGCCAGAACAGAAAGCUAUGGCCAUGGUAUUCAAGGAGAAAUAUCAAAUCAACUAUCUGUCGCUGCGGACCCUGACCAUGUCUAUCUGAACCAGACUGGAUCUAUGAACAUGAACGAAUGGCUGGCGGCGCAUUCACGUGCUGGUCAGUCCAUUCCAUUUGCCUGA